UUUCACGUUUCGUUGGAGUCCACGGGUUCUCUCGCUCUUUCUAGGCUAUAGCGUCCUUUCCCAGCUACUUUGUAGCAGUUGGAGAGUUCUGAGUAUCACCAUCUACUGAACUCUUUGGGGAAAUCUUAGGACCUUCAGGCUGUGACUAGACAUCCAAUGGACUCACCGAACUUUAACCCAACCUGGACCCUGGAGCCUUUUCAGAUGAGUGAUGAAAGAUGUUUCGCUGACGCUCAAGCUCUCUCACAACUACUAGCAAGGAACCUUCGUAAACUGACCCUCGACCCUAGUAUCCAACUGUCUCCCCUGCCACCAGAAAGUUCACCUGAAAAGCAGGAGAGAGGAAAAAGCGUACAGGGCCCUGGGCUGGGGCUGAGUCAAAGUGUGCUCUACGAAAGGAGGCGUGGAGUGAGGACAUUGGCGAGUAUCCGGAAAGAAAGGAUGCGAAGGAUGUUACAAGUUAUUAGAUUCCACACCCUGUCUCUGCUUAAAAAAACCCCAGAGGAGAGGAAACAUGAGAUUGAAGAAAGAGCCAGAAAAUUUAGAUGCACCUGUCAUUACUGCCUAGUUCAUGGAGAUCCUUCUGAUAAUGUUAACUUGGAGAAUAAUUACGAGAUGGAGUAGAUCUAGCCACAAGCCUUAUUCUUGUAGUUUUGGCUUUUUGCUGAUAAUUUUAAGGUCAUUAUGUACCAGCUUAGGAAAGCUACUCUAUGUACUAGGAUAGACUGUAGACCAAUAUUUUGAUAGCCUAUGAUAGAAGUUCUGUGAUGUCCUUUUCUUGCAUCUUUUUCUUGUCUACCUCAAUGCCACUAACUUAAAGGGAAUCUAUGUAUGGGUAGUUUGUACUUGAAUGACUUCAAUAUAUUUCAGUUCCUUUUUUUAUUUGACCCAAGGGAGUACUAAUAGGUCUUGAGUGUCAUUG